UUGCUCUACUAGUCCAUCAAAGCCUUGUGAUAGCCUAUAUUAUAUGCCUGCACCAUUUUGUAUAGCUCUUCAUUGCGGUUGUUAUGUUUUGCUGCUAUUUUAACUAGUUCUCUGUUUCUACUUUCACUUCUCUGCUCCCCAGCCUCCAGGUUUGUGCGUCUGUCCCGGACGAAGGGGCGGUGGGGUGGCGUCACGUCAUAUCAGCCGCCGCGCUCUGAUUGGCUGCCGAUUCUCACCCGACACAGCUGUGAUUGUUUUCUGCAGAGGAAGCUCUGGUCUCUGGUAUGAGCUCUGUGCUGAGGAAUGGAGCAACGCUGUAGUGUUUUUUUCCCCUCCACUUCUUCUGCCUCUCUGAGUCCACUUACGAUGAUGUGAACAAGCAACGUGAUCGCAGGGCUUGUUGUUAAGAGCAGGAAAACAAGGAGGAGAGUCCACUUUAAUGAACAGUAGCGGAGGUUUCUCUUUUGACCAGACACUGAAGACGUCUGGAGAUCAAGCCCCAAAGUGCCAAAUGUCCAGACUAGACGACCACUGUUGGAGCUGCUCCUGUGCAUCGAGGGUGGAAACUAAGGACUCAUCAUCUGGAGCGAAGUGGUUGGCAUCGAAAACUGAAGAGAUGAUGUCCAUUAUCACGUCGGUGCUCAGCAAUGCCUACGGCUCCCUGCACGACGUCCGGAUGGCCAACCUUAUCCGCCGGGGUCUCGUCCUCUUCACGGUGGGAGCCUUCCUCGCCUUGGUGCUCAACUUGCUGCAGAUACAAAGGCACGUCACCCUGUUUCCAGAGGAGGUGAUGACCACUGUGUUUUCGUCCGCCUGGUGGAUCCCACCGUGUUGCGGUACUGGUGCAGCUGUUGUCGGCCUGCUGUAUCCCUGCCUCGACAGCCAUUUGGGAGAGCCGCACAAGUUCAAGCGGGAGUGGGCCAGCGUCAUGAGGUGCAUCGCAGUGUUUGUCGGCAUCAAUCACGCCAGUGUUAAACUAGACUUCGUCAACAACAUGCAGCUCUCCCUAACCCUGGCAGCCUUGUCCUUGGGCCUGUGGUGGACAUUCGACCGGUCCAGGAGCGGCUUCGGUUUGGGCAUCACCACUGCCUUCCUAGCUACUGUGAUCACACAGCUGCUAGUCUACAAUGGAGUCUACCAGUAUACGUCUCCAGACUUCUUGUACGUGCGCUCCUGGCUCCCAUGCAUAUUCUUCUCAGGCGGUGUUACGGUGGGGAACAUAGGGCGCCAACUUGCCAUGGGUUGUGUGGAGAAACCUCACAAUGACUGAAUGGUGAAGCACAGAACAGUGGAAAGACAGAGAAACCAGGUGGAGAACCAACAUGGACAAGUUUUGCUUUGAACUCAAAAGAGAAAAAAAGACUCAUUGGUUUUUGACUCCAUCCUUUGUUCUCAUAACAAAGUACUGGUCAGAAAAGCCCCUCAUCUAACGUGCCAUGUCCUCUGCACCUCCUUGUGGCAAAACAGCCUUUCCCUCCCAACCUCUGUUAUACUCCAUUAGCAUUAAGGCUUCCUUCACAUUAGACAGGAGGACAGUGUUUGCCUUUAAAAAGAAAAAAAAAAAGAACAGUAAGCUGGUUUUAUUUUUGCGCUGGAAGAUCCGACUCCUCCUCUUCCCACAGUUUAUGGAGUGAAAGAGUGUGUGUGCUUUAGUGUGGAUGUGUCGUGGUCUUAGCAGAAAAGACAUGGGGGGUGCUAUAAUGUCUGUUUUUGUUUUAGUAGUUUGAAUAUGAUCAUAAAAGGGAAAUGUUAUAUGAAGUGGACAAAACAAAAAAUGUCUUCACACACUCUCACAUGGAAAAGUAUUCAGUGGCCUCAAUAUCUGAGGCGUGGAUAAGAUGUACUGUAUGUUCCCAAUCAAGCCAAAUUAAGUAUUUAUUUUGUUACAUUUUGAAUGACCCCAAACCAAAUGUACUGUGUGAUAAUGAAUGCUUCUUCCCAUUUCUAAAGAAACUACCAGUUUGUAGUUUCUUUAGUCAGUCAGUACAGUCAGUCUGUACUGAUUGAUAUUCACUUGUACAUGAGUAAUAUAAGUGGUAAGAUAUUUGGAGAGGAAGAUGAAUACUACUUAAGUUCUUCAGUGAAAAUGAGUCGUAUUUACAAGUCAAAA